CUUGGAGACCUGGUAGAAGCAGCAAACAGAGUCCGCUUCUCUAACUCUUUCCCGCUUCCUUUGAUUUAGGUUUCAAGUUCUGGUUCUGUUCUCUCUUCUCAACAUGAAGCUCGUCAGGUUUUUGAUGAAGUUGAACAAUGAAACGGUGUCGAUUGAGCUCAAGAACGGCACCGUCGUUCACGGCACCAUCACAGGCGUGGAUGUCAGUAUGAACACUCAUUUGAAAACAGUGAAACUUACACUGAAGGGGAAAAAUCCAGUGAGUUUGGAUCACCUUAGUGUGAGGGGUAACAAUAUUCGCUAUUAUAUCCUGCCAGACAGCUUAAAUCUUGAGACAUUGCUGGUUGAAGAGACACCAAGGGUGAAGCCUAAGAAGCCAACAGCUGGCAAGCCUUUGGGACGCGGUCGGGGUCGUGGCCGUGGCCGUGGUCGAGGCCGUUAAAUAUGUUGCUCUGUUUUCAAAUUUUUGUGACAGCUGGAUGUGUAGACAGCUUUGUUGUAGUGAGAAUUUGUGGGCGAUGUUACGGAUUUUAAAGGGAUUGCAUUGGUAUUUUA